AUGCCCAGCUACCUGGACCCCGGCGACGCCCUACGCCUCCCGAGUGGAGAUACUCCCAAGACGCCAGAUACUCCCCUGCACCCAGAUGCUCCCAGCAACCAGGGUGCACGAGUCCCCGUGGCUGAGCAGGUGCGCAGCGGUGGCGUCCAGGAGCCGCCGCGGAUGCUGAAUGAUUGGCACGUGGCCCCGCCCAGGUCGCCCCAGGGCCUGCGCUGGUGCCAUUGGCUGGGACAGUUCGGAGCAGCUGGCCCUGGGCGAGCGUGUGAGCACUCGUCCCCGGGCUCCGUGGAAUCCGGGCUCGGGCGCAGUCGGGUGUUCCUGGCACCGGGAGCGCAGCGCGCGCGCGGCUGGUUUGGUGUUUUCCACUUGGACACAGCGCUCGCUGCCCGCCCAGGCGGGGACAGCGGAGUCAACAGGGCAGGGCGGGGCGGCCGGAGACCAGCUGCGACGUGGGACGGACGCUCCCGGGGACCUCAGCCAGCCAUGGAGACCCGGCGGGGGCUGCCCGGCCUCGUGCUGCUCCUGUGUCUGCUGCCGCGCGCCCCAGCUCAGGGAGACUUUGACCUGGCGGACGCCCUGGAUGACCCAGAACCUACCCCGAAGCCAAGCUCAGAUAUCUACCCCAAGCCCAGGCCCCCUCACGGCCCCCAGCCUGCAAACCCGGACAGCGGAGGCAAUACCUACCCAAGGCCGAAACCCCAACCUCGCCCACAGCCUGGGAGCUCGGAUAACAGCGGAGGAGGGUACCAUCACAACGACGAUGAUGGACGCUACCCGCCCAGGCCCAGGCCGCCCGCAGGAGGAGGUGGCAGCGGUGGAUAUAGCGGUGGAUCUGGUGGCUACGGACACACAGACGGCAGAGGGGGUUACAGACCCAAACCUCGUUAUGGAAAUCCCUAUGGUGGAGACGGACAGUCCACCUAUGGCAACCCACAAGGCAACACGGUGGCCAGAAUCGUGUCCCCGAUCGUGUCUGUGGUGGUGGUGGCCUUGGUGGGGGCCGGGGUCAGCUACUUCAAGUCCAACCAGAGGAGAAAUUGUUUUCGGGCCAGUGAUCCAGAGACGGUGUGAAGGGGGCCAGAUCCUCCCGAGGUCCCCAGAAGGACCCGAGGACACCGGGGACCGUCCCGCGGAAAGGCUCCUUUUAUAUUUCAGUGCAUUCCCACCUGUGGAAGGAGGCCAGCUGCCUCCAGAAGGAUUCUCUACC